UUGAUCAAGCUAUGUCCUCUUUAUGUCAGAUAUUUAACCUCUACUGGGCCUCUUAUGACUUGUCAUGCCCUCAAGAGAAAAAGAGAGAAAGAAAAUAGUUACAGUGAGUUACUGUAAUACAUGUAACUGUUGACUUUGGAAUUGUUUAAUAUUUUAUUUUAAGAGUUUGUUGAACAGAGCCAGAAUUAAGGUGGCUUGACUGGAUUUAGGGGGGAUACCUCCCAAGUUUGAGCAUUAACUAUGUCAGCAUGAGUAAAGAUAUCCAUGGGAAAAAGGCUACCCCAACGGUAUUAUAUCAAGAUGAAAAAUUCUUAUGAUCUGGGUUUUAUUGCAAUCAGAGUCACCAUGGCAAUGUAACAACACCAUUACAUUUUUUAUUUAUCUUUGUGUUUCUCUGUACCAGGGUGUUUUUAAGAAAUUGCUUAAGAGAUUAUGUACCUGCCAUAAUUGCUUCAAUUAAGGCAUAAUUGCUUCAAUUAAGGCAUUUUGGAAAUACAGUGUAUUUUCAAACAAAAUUUUAAGAAUCAUUAAAGCAGUGAAAUAGCAUGCUAUCCAGACAAUUAGCUAAUAAAUCACAGCAACUCCUUCUAAAAGUUGCUGUGAUGGUAUAACCCGAGUAAGAUAAUUGAUUAUUACAUCCUACAUGAUGAGCCGUGAUGUUCACCGUUUUGACUCUCACUGCUAUCCUUGACACAAGGCAAUUAUUAGCAUUUUCCAGAUAUUUCUUUGGAAAGUAAUUUAGAGUUCUUUUAAAUGGAAAUUUAUUUCUUUUGCUAAUUGUACAUGUGCAUAUGAAACUUGAAAACAAUGCCACUGAGUAAUGAGGAUGCUCACUCAGGGAAAAUUUGGUUAUACACGGUUGUCAAAAGUAGCCGGCUGCCGGUGAAAAGUGCCGCCUACUUGAUUAGUAACAGCCGGCUACUCGGCUUGGUCAUUUCUUUGUGGAUGACGUUUUGUAAAUAAAAUAUUGCUGGACUGGCUGCUUACUUUGACAACUCAGCCGUCUACUUCAAAACUUUCUGACAACCCUGGUUAUAUUGGAGGCCCUUUUUAAAAGCCUUCACUGUUUUCAAUGUUCUUGAAACUUGCAGGGUAUAUUUAUUAACGAUUGAUGUUGAGAUUGGCAAGUUAAUGAAAAAAAUUAUCAAGUGGUGUUUUGAAUAAUGCGAAAUUUGUAGGCAUGGACCAAAUUAUGUGCAAAAACUGUAACAAAAGCAGCCGAAUGCAGGUUAAUAAAAUUCUUCUCACUCAUGAUUGCCCUGAGCGAUUCCCCUCUUUUUUUUUUGUACACAGUUUCCAGUGGAAUCAAAUCAUUAUGAGAUGAAGCCGUGUUUCAAAAGCUUAACAUUUUCUUAACAUAUUAGCUAAUUGUGUGGAUAUAUAGCAUGUUAUUUCACUGUUUCUAUGAUUCUAAAAACUUGUUUCAAAAUAUUUCCAAAAUGCUCUUACAGAAUUUGUUCAAACUUUGCCAUAAUUGAAGCAAUUAUAGCAGGUACAUACUCCCUUAAGCCAUUUCUAAAAACACUCCUCAGGGGCGGAUCUAGGGGGGGGGUGCAGGAGGUGCGCACCCCCCCUGAGAUGACCUGCGGUUUUCUAAUACGACUGGUAUUCUGCAAAAAAAAAAAAAACUAUGUGGUUUAUUGGUGUUGAAGUAGAGCAAGAGACGAGUGCACUCCCUCCUAAAAAAAAACCCUGGAUCUGCCCCUGCUCCUGGUACAGAGAGACACGAAAAUAAAUAAAAAACAUAAUGGCGUCAUUAGGUUGCCACAGCGACUCUAUUUGCAAUAAAAGCCAGAUAAUAAGAAAUUUUCAUGUUUAUAUAAUACAGUAAUGUUGUGGUAGCCUUUUUCCCAUAUCUUUAUUCAUGCUGAUGUAGUUAAUGCUUAAACUUGGAAAGUAUCCCCCUUAAAAUAUCCAGUCAAGCCACCUUAUUGAAUUUUGUUUUCUCUGUCAUACCUUUUUCUUGCAAUCUUUCAUAGGUAAAGAGAGAUGACGAAGUGAAGAAACCUAUCAGGUCUGGUUCCCCCAAUGACAUAAGGAACAAGGAGGAUAUCUCAAAAAAAGAUCAGAAAUCUCCCCUCUACCUACUAAAGCUGUUAUCCCACCUCUCAAUUCUGACAAUGAAGAUAACAAGUCAGGUGUUAUUUGCAGAAGGCGGCUAUUCCUAAAAAAGGCACAGAUGGUGACAGGUGAAAGAAGGGCAAAGGGACGGGCCUUGCUGGAAGCUUUGGAAAGGCCAGGCAUCUGUCAGCUCCAGGUGCAGGAGUUCCUAGAGCUGGCUGAUGAAAAUGGACAAGUGAGACCAGCCCCUUCAAAGCAGUCUGAUAAACCUUUUUUCAUUCCUGAGUCCCCUUUGUAA